AUGUCAACAAACCAAUUCUCCGCCGAACCAACAAAAUUGGACUUCAUACAUCUACACGAAUCAUUAAAAGCCAAUAAACCAUUACAUUUUACAUCAAGAUACUUAUAUCUUACUCUUUGGGGCGACGAAAUAAAGAACAAUAUACAAUUUAAAGAGGUUGUGGAUAGAUUAGCUGGAGCCACGAGCAAUGUGCAAUACGCACAUGUAUCACCAGUAGAACACGACGAUGUGAAUCCUCGUCCACAUCAACACAUGUUGAUUGUAUUAAAACGCCCAAAGUCUUUCAAAGCUAGACCAAUCAUAACCCAUUCAGAUGGAACCAGACAAACAUUCUGGUAUUCCAGAGUUAACUCAUACACUUCCAGAACAGGGGACAUCUCCGCGCUGAUUAAAUACAUAACUAAGAAAGGAGAAGGAAUGCACCAAGGAGAUCCAAAUAAGAAAGAGGAAUUGAAGCAAACGUGGAUAAACGCGUUAAACGACAUGGACUCCUACAGAGAUUAUAAAGAGCUCGAACAAAAUCUGAUGGAAAUCAAUGCAGAAAAGUACAUCCAACAAGAAGGACGCAUUAAAGCACGUUGGAUGAGAAAGAACGCCAGAAGAAUCGAUAUGGAACAAUACACAAAGACCAACCUACUUCCAUGGAGAGAAGAGAUGGAAGAAAUUAAGACUAUCAGAAAAUGGGUUAAGUGCGCAUCAGGAGACAAGUAUCGUAUGGGCAAUUUAUUUAUUGUUGGCCCAACAAAGACAGGGAAGACAGAAUUUGCAGUACAGGAAAUAUUCAUGAAAUAUAAUACUUUCAUGUUGCGCGGAGAUUCCCUGUUCGAUACUUAUGACGAUGAACAGCAUUAUAGAUUUAUAUUAUUGGAUGAUAUUAAUUAUGAUAAAAACACAGUACGUUUAAUUAAAGCCAUUACCUCAACGAUAAAUAAGAAGACUGUGGUAAAUAUAAAGUAUUCAAAAGCGAUUGUAACUGCAAGACCGUGUAUCCAUCUGCUUAAUCAGAAAGAGUACGAGAAUGUAGUCAAUUUAAUGAGAGAAAAUGGAGGAUACUCAUGGUGGAGAAGAAACUCUUUAACAGUCUUCUUAGAUAAAAAGAUUUAUAAAGAUCCACAAGAAUCUGAUAAUCCAUCAGAAGAUAUGCAAGAGCAAGAGACUAAUUAUGACCCACAAAAGGACCUCGAAGAGAAAUUUAAUGCAUUAAAUGACCAAGAUGAAGAUACUACAAUACAAGAAGAAUAUCCACCAGAACAUAUAUCGUUCUAUAGUAGAAUGACAACACUAAUGGCAGACCUGGGUUAUGACGAAGAAUUCUUAACAGAGUUAAACGAUAAAAUAAAGGAAAAGAGAAGAAACAAUCCGAAAUUAAAGAAAAUGCUGAGAGAGUCUCAGCAAGAUAACGAGAGUAUUCAGGAAGAAUGGAAUAACGAUUUAGAAGAAUACCAGUCAGAAAAUCCAUUGGGUAUGUCAAGAGAAGACUUCAAGGACUUUGAAAAAGAAACCAUGUCAUCUUAUGAAAAGCAGAGAAAUAAUUAUUUUGAAAGACAUAUGGACUCUUCAUCUGAUGAUUAUGAUGACGAUGAAGAUUAUGAAGAUGAAGAAAUGAACAAUCCAAUGGAACAUAGACCAUUCGGAGGAAAAGAUAAUGAUAUGGAUAUCAUCUAUGAUUAA